ACAAAACGGAACGUUACUUGUCGUCGUUUGUUUAAUGAAUAUACUACUUGCAUUUCGGAAUAUGAUUAAAGUUUUCUUUUGCAAUUUGCAUUCAUAAGUGUUACAUAUGUUGUGAAAUAAUAAUACGAUCAGUUUAAUGUCUGAGUUUUAUAAUAGUGUAAUAAAUUCUAAAAAUAUUCAUUAAAUAUUAAAUAAAAUUGCUUUCAUUUUGGCGCCGCGUUCACUUUCAUUUUUGAGUCGUUACGAAAUUAACACAAAAUGACUUCGGCCCUUUAUUUGGAGCAUUAUCUCGACAGUUUACAACAUUUACCAAUAGAGUUGCAAAGGAAUUUUAAAUUGAUGCGGGACCUUGAUGACCGAGCGCAUGGAAUAAUGAGGACAAUUGAUCUCAUGGCCGACGAAUUACUGCCAGAGAUUCCUAAAAUGGAUGAAGAAACGAAGAAGGAGAAGGUAAAUACCAUUCAGGGUCUUUUUAACAAAGCCAAGGAAUACGGGGAUGAUAAGGUCCAGCUUGCGAUACAGACGUACGAGUUGGUGGACAAACACAUACGGCGUUUAGAUUCAGACCUCGUGCGCUUUGAGGCUGAGAUUCAAGAGAAAGUGAUGAGCGCCCGCGCUGCGCAGCAAGCAGCGGCUGACCAGGAGACAAAUACGACUACUGUUAAAAAAGGAAGGAAAAAGCUUAAAGGUAACGAGAAAGCUGCAACGACGACCGGGAAAAAGAAACGUGCGGGAGCGUCUAGCGAAGAUGAUGCUGCCGCGGCAGGCAGACCUGCGGCCAAGAAGAAAUCUCAGCGCAAGGGUGCAACUACCACCACUAACACAGCUAAGGAACAAGAAGAAAAUGCAGAUCUGGAUUCAGUUGCUGGUAUGGCGCAUCCUAGUGAUGUACUGGACAUGCCUGUGGAUCCUAAUGAGCCCACAUAUUGCUUGUGUCACCAAGUGUCCUAUGGUGAGAUGAUUGGUUGCGAUAAUCUUGACUGCCCAAUUGAAUGGUUUCACUUUGCAUGUGUAGACCUUAAGAUCAAACCUAAAGGUAAGUGGUAUUGCCCUAAGUGCACCCAGGACAGAAAGAAAAAAUGAUCCACAGUGAAACCUUUGGUUAAACCAACUGAUAAGACUGUAACAGUUAAAAAAGAAGUGAAAUAAUAUCCUAUUGUCUAUUUAGUAGAUAAGUGAUAAUGUAACACAAUAAAUUUACCAAUUCUUAUAUAUAACCUUUAUCCUUUAGUUGUUUUUGCAAUUAUGAAAAUAUACACCUACAUAUUUCAUUCAUAUUAAUGCAAUAUAUCAAAUAUGUAAGUCAGUAUUAUAAGUAUUGAACAAAGAAUUUAUUGUGUUAAAAUAACAUGCAAUUUUAAUAAUAACCGCAUAUAUUUGUGAUAGUUAAUACAGAUUCUAGUAAAGUUUAAUGUAUUAUAAGUUUUUUGUAUGUAAGUCUACUUUUCAACAAAGUGGCAUAAUUAUGAUUACUUAGGUACAUAUAUUAUCAUUCAUUCAUAUGUGAAUAUACAUUAAAAUUUUAUAUGUAAGUAACAUGUCAAACUUAUUUCCAAUUUGGACAGACCAACAAUGAAACACCAAAUUCUUCAAUCCGUACUGUCCCAUUUUGUUUUCUGUAUUUCUUUCCAUUUAUGUGUGUAAUGACAUUUAUAUUAUUUUAAAGUAUAGACUGUUGCAAGACGAUUAUUUGGUACAAUGUGACUGUUCACUUAUAGCAUUGUUAUUACAGUCUCAUGCACACUGAAGUUAUUUGUUAAUGUAAAACCUAAUGAUAUAUAUUUUUUUUCUUUUAAAAUGUUUUUUAAUUAUGUAAUUUCAUAAAUAUACUCUGUGAAUACAAAAAAUACAAUUUUUCUUUAUUCAUAAGAAUUAUAUUUUAAUUCUUAUGUAAUGAAAUAUUAGUGUUGUGUUAAUCUCAGACAUGUGUACAGAUAUAUAUACAUAUACAUAAAUACAUGUUACUGUAAUUUUUUUUUUAAUAAACAUCGUCAUAAUUUCAGCUGUUCACUGUCCACUGCUGAACAUAAGCCUUCCUUAUAAGGGGAGUUUUGCCAGUAGUUGCCAUACUUGGUAGGCGGGUUGGCAACUGCAGUUAAGCUUUUAAAGAUGUUUUAAGAAGGAUGCUGUUGCUCAUGCCUCUACCAUUAAGUUCCUUUUCUCACCUCUGAUGACAUGACUCUCUUACAAUAUUCAUGACAUAGCCUAUUCUAUGUCGGGACCACAUGGUAAUUUUUUUUAUAUUCAACAUAAAAUCUUUGUUUAGAGCAACAUGUCAUGACACAUUUGCACGGUUUGUGAGUUUCCAAUUUUUGUUUCAGUAUUUGUUCAAUUGUCUAAUACAUAUUUCUAAAAAUGUUUGUAUGUUUGAUUUCUCAUCAUAGUCACUGUCAUUAAAGAUUGUUAAUACAUGCCAUAUUGAAACCAAGCAAUAUAAAAUACGCAUUUGUGACUACACUGUUUAUAGGCAAAGUUGUUAAUUUUGUGUUGUACUGAUUCAGAUUAAGCAGUUGACUGAGUAGUAUGUAUACUGUAUCAUGUUUUUAUUUUAUGAAGUUACUAGUCUUAUGAUUAUUUUACUAAUAAAAAUUGGUUAAGUGUUUAUAGACCAGUCAAUAUUUAGGUGUACAUAUGAGAAGUUCCCUCUUUAAGUUAUUUUGAGUAUUUGUAAAAUAUUUUCAUAUGACAAUAUUUAAAUAUAAAUCGCCUAAUCAACACGGGAGUUAAUCUUAUCUUUUAUAAAAAGAAUUAACAAUAUUGGUUUAGAUAUCACAUAAGAAAAUAACUGUUUCGAAAACCCCCUCAAUCCAGAGUUGCUUAAAAACACCAGAUGCCACCUUAAAAAUGUUGAGUAGUAAUUAUUGUGAUUCAUACUGAAUUAUAAAAAUUUGGUAAAUAAGUGAGUAAAACCAAUAUAUAUAUAUAUAUAUAUAUAUAUAUAUAUAUAUAUAUAUAUAUAUAUAUAAAUAAUUAUAAUGUAUUGUGUUAUGAAAUUGUAUAUUAAAAUGGUUGUAACCCACAAUAACAUCUGCGCAUACAGUUAGGAGUACUAUAUUACAGAUAUUUUCUGCAUCAUCAGUCACCAGAAACAAUCAGUUUGGUUAUAAUUUAAGAUGUAUUUCAUUCAUCUUGCUAACUGCCAUUCAAUGUAGAAGAAGUACACAUGUAAGAUUGUUAUAAAAUGUAUGACUUUAUUAAUAUUACAUUAUAACCCAUGACAUAAUAUAUUAUGGUUACAAAUUAGAUUAAAUAAAAUAUGCUAUGAACUUAAAUUUAGGAAAUAAUAUCAUUAUAUUGUUAAGAGAUUUUUAUAUGAAUAGUAUUAAAAAGUUAAUUCCUAUUCUUUGUUUAUAUUAACAAAAGUAAAAUGCAAAGUGACAUACUUAAUAUAUUAUCAAAUGUUAGGUAAGAUAGUUGCUUUUUUAUUCUAAAGAUUGAUAUAUUGAAGUGAUAUAAAUAUAGAUACAUAACAAAUUACUGUCUGUUCUAGUAAUUAGACAAGUUUUUAUAUGAUAAAUUAAGUCUCCCAUAUUAAUAUACAAAAACCCAAGAUUCAAGUUUUCAUUAAAAAUAAAAUACAUUGAAAACUGCCUCAAAUUAAGUGAAUUCCGUAAAAGUCAUGAGUCGAAUAGAAUUCUUACAUUAAAUAUGUUAAAUUUUUACAAUUUUAAGAAUGUUUCGACACAUUUGACUAAAAACAUUAUUGAAUGGUCAGAAAUGAGAGCAAACUAUGGUUGAGUGCACUCUAUUUUCAAUGUUUUUAGUUUCUGAUUGUGGGUCUGUGGGUCUAAGGGUUUUAAAGGUAUAUUAAUGGUAUGGUACAUCUAUUGCUGGUCCUUAAACUAGGAUACCCAGUAUAGGUUAGUUUUAAUGCUGUACCUUGGUCUAUUUUUUUAACGGGUAAUUUUUUUUAUAAUAUAAUGACAACCCCGCUUGUGUUAUCGGUUUAAGGUAGCGGUGCACCGGUGCGGGAUGAUAGAUGA